GUGACGACGGCAGAGGGUUCAACUUCGACACAGAGACAACGCCUGCGCUUUCGAAAAGUAUUUGGCUGCAAACCAGCACAUUUGAACACUGUUGAGUUGUUUUCGCAAAUUAUCACAUUGUGAUACGUUUUUGAAGGCGAUUAAAAAAACAGAUCUAGUUUAUAUCGACGUUAUCCGAACAAAGGUUUCAAGCUACAGUCGACCCGCCUGGGGCAGAAAUCAAAACAAUGGCCAAGGGAGAAGACUCGCACUCUGCAAUGGCCCUCGCCCGUCAGAAUGAUGGCAUCAAUGUAAUCUUUGACCAGAACAGCCCUGCUUCAUCUCGCUCUCGCUCCAGAAGCAGCUGUGGCAGCAGCCGAUCCUCUGGCUCGAGCGGCUCCAGGGGGCGCAGAAGCCACAGGGGACGUUACAGGUCUUCAUCAUCCUCUUCAUCUUCAUCAUCAUCAUCUUCAUCUAGCAGCAGACCCUCCUCUCGCCCCAGGUCCCGCUCUCACCCUCGCUGCCACAGACGUUCUUCCCGCUGUCGCUGUGACAACCAUCACAGAUAUGGUCGCCACCGCCGCUCCCCACCACGCCGCUACAGGGCCCAUUCUCGCUCAUACAGCCGCUCGCCCUCGCCAGACAGGUACUCACGUCGCAGACGCUAUAGGUCCCGCUCUAGGUCUUCCAGUCGUUGGAACAGGUACAGGAGGGAUGUGAGCCAGUUUAGAUGUCGGUUUUCCCGAUCCCCAGCCAGAAGCUACAGGAACCGCUCAAGGUCCAGAUCUACAGGACGCUCUCUGAGUUUGAGUGCGGAUGAUAAGAGAGAACUCCUCAAAGCUGCAAAGGACAAUGCUAUGAAGAUCCUUGGAGUGGAGACACUGGAACUUCCUGAGAGCGUGAAACCAGUCCUAUCAGAGCAGUCGUUAGAGUCCAAACAGGCAUCCCCAGAGCCAGAGACAAGGGUGAGACAAGACCCUGAAAAGACUCUGUUACAGAGCAGUGAGGCGGAGCCUGAUGACAUGUCCAGCCCAAAGAUGUCCCCUAAAAGGAGAAUAAUCUCUUUCAGCAUUAAUAAUUCUGUGGCCAAACCAACAGUGGCAGCUCCAUCCGGUGCUAAGGUAACUCCCAGAGUGGACAGCUAUGAAAGCAGGAAGCCCUAUGGCCUCUGGGUUCCAGUCAAAUCACGCCAAUCCUCCAACGCACGCAAACACACACUAACUAAGUCACACUAGUGUGGCAGAGUACAUGGACAUUGUAAAUAGUGUAAAUAUUUUGUACAUAUGUUCAUUUCAUGGACGGCGUUUUCUUUCAGAUGUUAAAGAGUUAUAUGGGAAGAAAUGAAGAAUUCGUUCCAGGUGGGAUUAUUUUUUUCCCCUUUCAUUGUGUAUUUUGCUGUUUAUAAAUCAAAUAAAGAUGAAAAAUAC